AUAAUUCAUUCUCAAUUUCUCUUCAUUAUGUCGGCAAACUCAAUACAGGCCCGACAGAUAGCCUCUGCUGUUCGCUCGGACCUGAAAACCCUAACUUCGUUGCUUCCUCGCCCAUUUCACCGUCAAAAUCACUGGAUCUAUCGCAAUCUCGAUGCUUUAACCUUGAUUUUAACCUAACGUUUGCUUUUCUCUGUGCGACCAUAAUCAUAUUGAUAUUCUGAUCUCGAAACCUUAACGGUUUUUCCUCUGUGGGUCCUGUGAUUACCAGUGCUUUGGCACAGUCGGAUUUUUUAUCAUGUCGAGGGAAUUCAAUGUCCCGCCGGUGGUUUUCCCUUCCGGCGGGAACCCUGGCGCCGCGGUGCAACAGAGGCGGCCGACGGCACCAUUCCAGCCGCCGCGAUCCGCAAACCCUAGCAUUCCCUUCAUGUCGUUCGACGCUGCCUCCGCCGCGGCGUCCACUUCCUUCUCUGCUCCGCAGUUUGGCAACACAGUGGGAAUUGGCAGUGUGUUCGAGGACGAGCCGCCGCUACUCGAAGAGCUUGGGAUCAAUACGAGGCAGAUUUGGAGUAAAACUGUCUCGAUUCUGAACCCAUUUAGAGUUAAACCGGAUCUUCACGAAGAUGCGGAUUUGUCUGGGCCGUUUCUGUUUCUGUUGGCGUUCGGGCUGUUCCAAUUGCUCGCUGGGAAGCUACAUUUUGGAAUUAUACUGGGUUGGGUUACUAUGGCGGCUCUGUUUCUGUAUGUGGUGUUUAAUAUGUUGGCUGGCCGAAAUGGGAACUUGGAUUUGUACCGGUGUUUGAGUUUGGUCGGGUACUGUAUGUUGCCUAUGGUGAUUUUAUCGGCCAUCGCUUUGUUCCUUCCCCAAGGAGGGGUGGGCAUUUUCCUGAUGGCUGGUGUGUUCGUCAUAUGGUCGACGCGAGUUUGCACUAGGCUUCUGGUUGAGCUGGCUUCUUGUGGGGAUGAGCACCGCGGACUGAUUGCGUAUGCGUGUUUCUUGGUCUACAUGCUUUUCUCUCUCCUAGUAAUAUUUUAAAUAGAUUUUAAUGGUUUAGCGUGUACUUCAACUAUUCCAAUUACAUUUUUGCAAUUAUAUCUGGGAUGUUCUUCA